AAGAUGACAAAAGCUGAAACUAAUGUCCUAGAGGGAGACUCAAUGGAACAGGAUGUAGAAAGCCCAGUAACCAUUCACCAGCCAAAAUUGCCUAAGCAAGCCAGAGAUGAUCUACCAAAACACAUCAGCAGAGACCGAGCUAAGAGAAAAAUCCAGAGGUACGUGAGGAAAGAUGGAAAGUGCAAUGUUCACCACGGCAAUGUGAGGGAGACCUACCGUUACCUGACUGAUAUCUUCACAACCUUAGUUGAUCUGAAAUGGAGGUUCAACCUGUUGAUCUUUGUUAUGGUUUACACAGUGACAUGGCUCUUCUUCGGCAUGAUCUGGUGGCUUAUAGCUUAUAUCCGAGGAGAUAUGGACCAUAUAGAGGACCCCACAUGGACUCCAUGUGUCACUAACCUCAAUGGGUUUGUCUCAGCUUUUUUAUUCUCAAUAGAGACAGAAACUACCAUUGGUUAUGGCUACCGAGUCAUCACAGACAAGUGUCCUGAAGGAAUUAUCCUCCUUUUAGUCCAGUCUGUGUUGGGGUCUAUAGUCAAUGCAUUCAUGGUAGGCUGCAUGUUUGUAAAAAUAUCGCAGCCUAAGAAGAGGGCAGAGACCCUGGUAUUUUCUACUCAUGCGGUUAUCUCCAUGCGGGAUGGGAAGCUAUGCCUGAUGUUCCGGGUGGGGGACCUUAGGAAUUCCCACAUCGUUGAGGCCUCAAUUAGAGCCAAGUUGAUCAAAUCUAAACAGACCACAGAAGGAGAGUUCAUACCACUGAACCAGACAGAUAUCAAUGUGGGGUAUUACACAGGGGAUGAUCGUCUGUUUCUCGUGUCACCGUUGAUCAUUAGCCAUGAAAUUAAUCAACAGAGUCCUUUUUGGGAGAUCUCCAAAGCCCAGCUGCCCAAAGAGGAACUAGAAAUUGUUGUGAUCCUAGAAGGAAUGGUGGAGGCAACAGGAAUGACAUGUCAAGCCCGGAGUUCUUAUGUGACCAGUGAGAUCCUAUGGGGUUAUCGUUUUACUCCUGUUCUGACACUAGAGGAUGGUUUCUAUGAAGUAGAUUACAACAGCUUUCAUGAGACAUAUGAGACCAGCACACCAUCUCUCAGUGCCAAAGAGCUGGCAGAAUUGUCCAACCGGGCUGAACUGCCUCUGAGUUGGUCUGUGUCCAGCAAACUCAACCAUCAUGCUGAACUGGAAACUGAAGAGGAAAAAAACCAUGAAGACCAAACAGAGAGGAAUGGUGAUGUGACAAAACUAGAGAAUGAAUCCAAAGUUUAA